ACGGAAUCUACAAUAAAAUCAGAGAAGAAUCUCCAUCGAAAGUCCUAGAACUCUAGUGUGAAAAAAACUGAAAGUGAAAACUAAAAUACAGUGAACUUCUUCAAAGUGAAAGCUAGAGGAAAAUUUAACCGGAAAAUGCAGAAAAUGAAUUUAAGUUUGUGCGCCUUAGCGCUGCUGCUGUUCGGCAGCCUCUCGAGCGUCCACAGCCGUGCCGUGGACAUUGUAGACGAUAGCAACGAUGUCGACAACUCCAUUGAGGCGGAGUCGGAGGAGAAGCCCCGAGGACGACCCUUCGAGGCCGACUGGCUCAAGUUCACCAAAUCGCCGCCCGCCAAGCUGCAACAGGCAGCCGGCGCCACUCUGGAGAUUGUCUGCGAGAUGAUGGGCUCCCAGGUGCCCACCAUCCAGUGGAUAGUCGGCCACCUGCCGCUAUCUGAGAUUGAGAAUCUCGAUUCGAAUGUGGUGUCUGAGGAUGCGGCAAGUGCCAUUGUUCGCGUGCGAUCGGUGCACAUCAUCGACCACAUGCUGAGCGAGUCUCGCACCUACACCUGUGUGGGACGUACUGGCUCCAAGACCGUCUACGCCAGCACAGUGGUCCACCCAGUGCGCUCCGAUCUGGGCGAUAUGCGCAUGGUGCGCGAGAAGCAGUACCCGGGCCCCCAGAAGCCUCGCAUCAUCUACACCGAGAAGACCCAUCUGGAUCUGAUGGGCUCCAGUGUAAUGCUGCCCUGCAAAGUGCACGCCCGUCCCCGGGCUGAGGUCACCUGGUUGAACAACGAGAACAAGGAGGUGGUGCAGAACCAUCGCUACAAGGUGCUGCCCACGGGUGAUCUGCUCAUCUCGGAGCUCAAAUGGGAGGAUAUGGGCAACUACAAGUGCAUUGCCCGCAACUCUGUUGGCCGUGACUCUGCCGACACCUUCGUUUAUCCUGUACUUAAGGAGCAAGACUAAAGAUCCCACCAAAAACUACACAAACCACAGGGCUAUUGGAUUGACAGCGACAGAGAAUUCAUCUAGUUAGUUAGAUAGAUCAAAUGCCUUUGAAGAUGCGAGAAAACAAAAAUGGAAUAUGCUAAGAAAAA